AUGUUUUUAAAAGAAACUGUGCCAUUAGAAUAUGAUUGUUUGUAUUACGUGAAAAGUGAUGGCAUCGUGAAAUUUGAUGAAAGUUACGAUUGGGCACAUGAGCUAUUAACAUAUUGUAUUCGACCUGAUAAUCAAAGUUCAAUAUAUAGUGAUGAUCAAUUCAAUUCACAUCUACUUGAUAAUAAAAAAUACACUUUCGCCGAAUUAGAUGCAAAUGCAAUCUCGACUACUCAAUUAUUCGAAUGGUCUGCACCAAUUGAAAUAAUUGAAAACUAUCAAAUGUAUUUAGAAAAUAAGAAUAAUAAUAUUAUUCUAAAGAAAUUAAAUACAGAUGAAAAAUAUUUAUUUUAUAAUUGCACACAACCUUGGUAUGGAUCUCGUUGUCAAUAUUCAUUUAUGUGGAAACAGAACACAUUGGAACUUUAUAUUGAUCGAAUAUUUUCUGAUGCGCAUCUUUCUCCAACUUUACCUGCAUGUUAUAUUCAUUUAAAUUGUAAUCGUGGAUUAUCACGAGUAUGUCUCGAUUGGCGUGAAAUAUGUAAUGAUAAAAAAGAUUGUUUGAAUGGAGAAGAUGAAGAACAAUGUUGGAAGUUAGAAACUAAUCUAUGUGAUGAUAAUGAAUAUCGAUGUCAUAAUGGACAAUGUAUACCAAUCGAAUUUCAAAAUGACGGAAUAUUAAAUCCAGAUUGUAUGGAUCGAACUGAUGAAUUAAAACCAAUUAGUUAUCCGAAAAAAUGUAUACAUGAUCCUACAUUCCGCUGUGAAGAAAGUUCAUGUUAUCCCUUCCCAGGCAACAAACAAACGUUUGCUUGUGGUGACGGUGAAUGUAUUAAUCCUAAUGAAAAAUGUAACAAUAAUCGUCAACAAUAUGCACAAGUUCCUAUUCUUCCAAUCGAUAUGAACGCAGCAUGUUGGCAAGCAAUGAAUUGUUUAACAGGUAAAAAAGAAAGAAAUGAAUGUUCUUGUAUUGAAGAAGUUCAGAUACCAUGUAUAUCAUUAGCAGUGUCUAGAUGUCCAGAACUUUUCAUUUUUCCAGAAACAUCGAUUCUAUCGGAUCAUGUUUAUUUGAUGUAUCGAAGACCUUAUAGACGCGGAAGAGAAGCUAUAAUCGAGCCUAGUUAUAUAUGCUUUGAUAAAGACUUAUGUACAGUACCACAUACGAGUAUAUAUGAAAUUUUGAAUUAUACUUGUAUUGAUUAUGAUGAAGAUUUUGGUCGAAUGCUAACGCCCUAUCCAGGAUGGAAUUCAAUGGUAAGAUUUAUUCGAAAUGUUUUCUUGAGGGUAUGCACAUCUCCCAUGAUUGAAUGUUCUCAUUCAUCAUUAUAUCGAUGUAAUUAUACAUCAAAAUGUAUUUCAAUUUAUCGGCUUCGUGAUGGUAUCGACGAUUGUCAAUUAAAUGACGAUGAAACGUAUACAAAUACUUGCUCAAUAAAUUGGAAUACUAUGGAUCGUUUUAAAUGUUCUGGUGAAAAUCUAUGCUUGUCAAAGUUGACAAUUCAGAAUGGAAUUAGUGAAUGUUUAAGCGGUGAAGAUGAAGUGAAUGAAAUUGAACGUUACUUACAAUAUCAUAUUACAAUUCAACAUAUUUGUGAUGGAAUUCAGCAUUUAAUACCUAUCGAGAUUAAUGGUCGAAAUGAAACAGAUGAAACUGAAUGUGAUCUGUGGAAAUGUGAUAACAGUUAUACACAUUGUAAUUCAGUAUGGAAUUGUCCAAAAGGUGAAGAUGAACUUGGAUGUAAGAAUAAUCCAAUCAUCUGUCCACCAUUACAUCAUCCGUGUAUUUCACCCAAUACAACCGAAUUAUUUUGUUUACCAAUUACAAAAAUUAAUGAUGAUUAUAUGGAUUGUCUGGGCGGAUCAGAUGAAAGAGAAUUAUGUCGAUCUAUGUAUCCAUGGAGGAAAACAUACCGUUAUCAUUGCUGGGAUCGCAAUGAAUGUGUAGAAUUAGAAUCUCUAAAAGAAUGUAAAACAGAAAAAGAUACGAAACUUUGGAAUAUUAUUGGCACUAUGGAAAAAUGUACCAAUGAACUAUUCUCAUUUUAUUUGUUACCUCUAAUUAAACAACAUCUUUGUAGUUUGAUAGAUUUGACCUAUAUUGACUUUCCAGGUUACUCACUUUUAGAUAUAAGCAACAAGAUAAACAAUAGUAGGUACGUUAUUAGAAAUCUUCAGAGAGAAAUUCUCGAUAGAGUAAACUCGUCGUUAUCAUUAGAGAGAAUAUCAGAUUCUUCUUUACAAAUGGAUUUUACAGAUAAUUUAAACCGUAAUCAAAUAUCGACAUAUAUUCAUCCUAUGACUGUAGUGAAAAAUGACCAUAAAGACAGAUAUAUAUGUCAUCGAGGAAUCAGUAUACAUUUUAGAACCUUAAAUAAAACAGAAACAAAAUGUAUGUGUCCACCAAGUACUUAUGGAUAUUAUUGUCAAUAUCAAAGUCAACGUGUCAGUUUGACUGUACAAGUUCGCAGUGCUACCGAUUGGUUAAGUAUGUUUACAUUGGUCUUCCUACUUAUCACUGAUCAAAAUGAAAUCGAAUCAUAUGAUUAUCGUUAUUAUAAUUCGAUAACUGAUUGUGUACUUAAGUGGAAUAUUUAUUUGCUUUAUCGAACUCGUCCUAAAGAUCCGUCGAAGAAUUACACUGUACGUAUUUAUGUUUAUAAACGUCAAACAACUGGUCUUGAAUAUCGAACAAGUUGGCAUUAUCCACUAUAUUUUCCUUUUUUUACCUGUACAACGUAUCGCAGUUCAAAUUAUUAUUCCAUCUUUAACAACAAUUAUUCAAGAAAAGAUUUGUUCACUUGA